UCAACGAAGUGACAACUACGAAAAUCUAGCGAUAUCGUAGCAACAAAAUCAAAGCGUUUAUUAGCUGAAAAUCCCCAUAAACUAACUACAAAAACGAACGGCCAGCUGCCGAGAUCAUCAGCAUCCCACCCGAGCUCUGCCCUUCCUCGUCCGAUCGAACUCCCUUCUUCAGAUCUCGCAAUUACGACCAAGGAUUUUAAAAAAAAAAAAACGUCGAUUUACAACAAAACAGUAAGAAAGACUCCAUUUUUGUUCUCAAAUCGAGCACAUUGGAUUCCAUCAAGCCAUGGUCUCCUCCAGGGCUCCAUCAUCCACUUCCCUCCCUCUAAUCCUCGACAUCGAAGAUUUCAAGGGCGAUUUCUCAUUCGAUGCGCUGUUUGGGAACUUGGUGAACGAGCUCUUGCCGUCGUUCAAAGAUGACGACGCCGAUGCGGUGGAGGGGGGCGGAGGAGGCGGCGAUCUCCCGAAUGGCCACGCGAGGGCGCUGUCGGAUGCCGCCAAGCUGGCGGAGGGAGAGCCGCUGUUCCCCGAGGUUGAUGCGCUGCUCGCGCUGUUCAAGGAUUCUUGUAAAGAGUUGGUUGAUCUCAGGCACCAAAUUGAUGCUAGGCUGAUGAAUUUGAAGAAUGAUGUUGAAGUCCAGGAUAAGAAGCACCGGAGGACGCUUAUGGAGCUAGAAAAAGGUGUAGAUGGCUUGUAUGAUAGUUUCGCCAGACUGGAUUCUCGAAUUUCUAGUGUGGGGCAGACUGCUGCAAAGAUUGGGGACCAUUUGCAGAGUGCAGAUUCCCAGAGAGAAACUGCCAGUCAAACAAUAGAUCUGAUAAAGUACUUGAUGGAGUUUAAUAGCAGCCCUGGUGACCUGAUGGAAUUGUCAUCUCUAUUUUCUGAUGAUAGUCGUGUUGCUGAAGCUGCCGCAGUUGCAGAGAAAUUACGAUCAUUUGCUGAGGAGGAUGUUGGUAGGGCUGGCAUUGGCAUGUCUUCUGUAGUUGGUGCAGCCAAUGCUAGCAGGGGCUUAGAGGUUGCCGUUGCAAAUCUUCAAGAGUACUGUAAUGAACUGGAAAAUAGGCUUCUUUCACGAUUUGACGCCACAUCACAAAAGCACGAACUGUCGACAAUGGCAGAAUGUGCUAAAAUUUUGUCUCAGUUUAACAGGGGCACCAGUGCCAUGCAACAUUAUGUAGCAUCUCGACCGAUGUUUAUUGAUAUAGAAGUUAUGAAUACAGACACCAAGGUGGUGCUUGGUGAUCAAGGUCUGAAAUCUGGCACAAGCAAUAUUGCUCGCGGUCUUUCCACACUAUACAAAGAGAUUACAGAAACUGUGCGCAAUGAGGCUGCGACUAUAAUGGCUGUUUUCCCAUCGCCAAACGAUGUCAUGUCAAUACUUGUGCAGAGAGUCUUAGAACAGAGGGUUACAUCGAUUCUUGACAAGCUGUUGAUAAAACCUUCUCUUGUGAACUUACCUCCUGUAGAAGAAGGGGGCCUACUACUAUAUCUAAGAGUUCUUGCAAUAGGAUAUGAGAAGACACAAGAGCUUGCUAAGGAAUUACGAUCUGUUGGUUGUGGUGACUUGGAUAUUGAAGGCCUCACAGAAUCGUUGUUUCUCACCCACAAGGAUAGCUACCGUGAAUACGAGCAAGCCUCCCUUAAGCAGCUUUAUCAAUCGAAGAUGGAAGAGUUGCGUGCUGAAAUUCAGCAACAAGCAGAUGCUGCAGGAAAUGCCUCACGUUCAAAAGCAGCUAUAAACACAUCUAGCCAUCAGCAGACAUCUGUUACUAUAGUUACAGAAUUUGUGCGCUGGAAUGAAGAGGCGAUAUCUAGAUGCAUUUUACUUUCUUCCCUGCCUGCUACUCUUGCAGCUAAUGUGAAAUCAGUAUUCACUUGCUUACUUGAUCAAAUGAGGCAAUAUUUGACUGAAGGGCUUGAACGGGCUAGAGAGAGUUUGAAUGAAGCUGCAGCUUUGAGAGAUAGGUUCAUGAUAGGCACCAGCGUCAGUAGAAGGGUUGCUGCUGCUGCAGCUUCAGCUGCAGAGGCGGCAGCUGCUGCUGGUGAAAGUAGUUUCAGAUCUUUUAUCAUUGCUGUUCAACGGUCUGCCAGUAGUGUGGCAAUACUUCAACAAUAUUUUUCAAAUACUAUUACUCGGCUCCUGCUUCCUGUUGAUGGUGCUCAUGCAGCAUCAUGUGAAGAGAUGGGCACAGCUGUGUCUAGGGUUGAGGCUGCUGCCCAUAAGGGUCUACUCCAAUGUAUUGAUACUGUGAUGGCUGAGGUGGAGAGAUUGCUGUCAACAGAGCAGAAGGCUACAGAUUAUAGGUCGCCUGAUGAUGGAAUUACCCCGGACCAUCGACCAACAAAUGCAUGCAUAAGAGUAGUAGCCUACCUUUCUCGUGUGCUAGAAGUUGCAUUCACUGCUCUUGAGGGUCUCAACAAACAGUCAUUUCUGAGUGAAAUGGGAAAUCGCUUGCACCAAGGAUUGCUCAAUCAUUGGCAAAAGUUCACCUUUAGUCCAAGUGGUGGACUGAGGAUAAAGCGAGACAUUACCGAAUAUGGAGACUUCGUUCGCAGCUUCAAUGCUCCUUCUGUUGAUGAAAAAAUUGAACUGCUGAGCAUCGCGGCGAAUGUCUUUGUUGUUGCCCCUGACAGCCUUGCUUCCUUGUUCGAAGGAAACCCAAGCAUCCGGAAGGAUGCUUUAACGUUUAUUCAACUUAGAGAUGACUACAAAUCUGCAAAAAUUGCAUCUAGACUCAGUAGCAUAAUGUCUGAUUCAUAGAGAACUGAUAAUCAAUUUGAAGGAGGAUCUAGCAAGAGCAUCGUUGGAUCAAGUAAAGUGGACUGUCCUAGUUUCGCAGCAAGUACUUUUGCAAAUAACUCGUGCCGACCAAUUAGAUGCCCAGAAUCGGCAAUAAAUUUCGAUUGGUAUAUAGUUUCAGCAAAUCCCUUGGAAAGUAUUGCACGGACAAGCUAGCUUUGCUGCAGCAAAGUGCUGCAUAAAUUAUUAGUUUUUCAGUUUUUGUUCAUUGAAAAUUUAAUUUUACUAGCUUAUAUGCUGUGAGGCCAUUACUUGCUUCUGAUUUCUUGCAUGUUGAUCUAGACCAUAAGAAUAUUGUUCACAUGCACGUCAAAACAAGCGAAUAUUGUUAAGUCUUUCACAAUGAUGGUUGAAGGAUUGUGGGUUUUUCAAAACAUGGAUGUGAUGAAUGUGUUGAGAUAUAUGCGGGAUUA